AAAAAGGUGGUGGUUUUUUAACUGUACGCCGCCUUAGUGAUCAGAGUAGGGUUGAUCUGAGUUGGGGCCCCGUUCCGUGUAUUCGCUGUGUAGCUCAUAGUAUGGCGCUUACGAUCUAAAUAUCCAGGGUAAAGGGAAGCAUCAUUGUCUGCGUUCCUCAGAGAGGGAACUGUGGUGCAGAGAGAUGAAGUGAGGUAACCGUACACAGAAGAUGCCCGUGGCACAGCUGGGAACUGACAGAGUUCCGGGUUCAAUCCAUCAGCCCCAAGACCAGCCUUCCCCUGUGAUUCCUCUGAUUCUUUGUUUUUCUGUCUUGUAUCACUGCAAAUGAUCUGGGCUCCAUCUUCUCGCUGCUGGACAAAUAACUAGCAUGGGAGAAUUCUGUGUCGCUUGCCUCGUAACGGAGUCUGGGAUUAACGGAGGGAAUUGCUUUAUUUCCUCUGCUUCCAUCACCGGGAGAAGGAGUCAUGUCCUCAGUCAGCAGCUUGGUGUUUGGACAAUGCUUCGGAGAUGUGAAUGGCUGGGCGAGUGCCAAGUGUUGUUCUGUUCUUAACUCUCCUGAACUUGACGGGCUGGUUGUGGAAGUGUUUGGAAACUUGACCAGAUCCCAAGGGUACAGCCUGUACGCCCGCACCCGGCUGGGCUACCUCUUCUACAAACGGCAGAUGAAGAAAGCCCGGGAGCGGUAUCCACAUGGCCACUCGAUCCCCCAGCCCGUGAUGUUCAGUGGGGUAAAGAUCCUGCCGAUUCCUGUGUUAGCCAACAACUACAGCUACCUGGUCAUCGACACCCACUCCAACACUGCUGCCGCCAUCGACCCUUCAGACCCGCUGGCCGUGCAGGCAGCCAUUGAGCAGGAGGGGGUGACGCUGGAAGCCAUCCUGUGCACCCACAAACACUGGGAUCACAGCGGGGGGAACGUGGUGCUGAGGCGGCUGUAUGGCUCCUGCAGGGUGUACGGCAGUGCCUGUGAUGCCAUCCCUGAGCUCACCAACCCCCUCUCGGAUAAGGAGACCAUCGCCGUGGGACAGCUGCGCUUCAAGGCUCUCUUCACCCCGGGGCACACCGUGGGGCACAUGGUCUACGUGCUGGAUGGGAAGCCCUUCGAGGGGCCAGCCUGCCUCUUCUCCGGAGACCUCCUCUUCCUCUCAGGCUGCGGGCGGAUAUUCGAGGGGACGCCAGAAACCAUGCUGGCCUCGCUGGAUACAGCUGCAGACCUGGCAGAGGACACACUGCUCUGGCCAGGACACGAGUAUGCCCUGGACUGUCUGAUGUUUGCCAGCCUUCUGGAGCGGGCGAACCCUGUGCUGGAGCAGAAGCUGCAGUGGGUAAAUCAGCAGCGGCUGGAGAAGAGGAGCACAUGCCCCUCCACCAUCGGUGAGGAGAAGGAAUACAACCCGUUCCUGCGGACCCACUGCCGGGAGCUGCACCGGGCCCUGCAGCUGCAGCAGCUGAGCGACGAGGACUGGGACAGCUUCCGGGCGCGGGUGCUGAAGGAGGUGCGGCACCGCAAGGACCUUUACAAAGCCAAUUAGCCCCCUGGCAGGGCGGCAGGCGGGAGGGCUCUGCCCUGUGAGCAGCCUACCAAAGGAGGGGGACCUUCCCUGUUGGGGUGGGGAGCAUCUGUCUGGGAAAGGGUCUCACCCCAUCGCCAUGUGGGGUAUUAGUGAGCCGGAAACGCCGCCUCCUCAUCCCUGUGGAUGAAGACGGGUUCAGGUGGCAUCCCCCCACCCCGCCCUGCUGGCUCAAGAGGGCUCGUCUCCAAACAAAGCGGAUCCUUGCUGGUGGAAAGAAGGUGGCAGGGGGGUUAAAAUCCAGGAUGAACCCCCCCAAACCCACCCCCAGGAGACGUCUGACUCCACAUGGUGUCAGUGGUGACCUUCGAUUGCCGCUGGCUGCUGGGAUGAAUUCCCCCCCCCACCCCCCGCAAAGAUAGGGGGCAGGGAGUGGGGCGUUGGCGAGGAGCCUGGAAAAGCUUUUCCAGGGCGCAGGGCCUCUCUCGGGGACUGGACUUUGGCUCGUGGAAGUGCAGGCCCAGUGCGGCUCCGGGGGUUAGCCCGCGAAGCGCAGGUUGUCUCUACGAUACAGGCCCGCAGAUCCCAUUACACAGUGCCCGGUCCUGAGCCCAGCUGGGCGCCCCAGCAUGUGGGGAGCGGUGCUGCCCGAGGUGGCAUUGGGGGCAGCGCCAUGAGUGGUGUGUCGGUUCUUUCCUCUGCAUCCUGUCCCAGCCGGCCCCUUUGUGAGGCACCGCUGACUCCUCCGUGAGCACACGCCCGCCCCCCUGCGCUGGCUGGGAGGGACCAGGACGAACCACCACAAAAGCACCAGCCGGGGGCGCCGCUGCAAGGAACCCAGCUCCGAUAGUGGACGGGAAACCCUGCCCCGGCGCUGAACGUUCCUCCCUCCUGCGGCGUGGGGACGGGCGCAGCUGUGCCAGCAGGGAUCAAGGAUGAAGCUGUGCCGCUGGCCAGCCUGCCUCCCCGGCCAGCUGGUGGCUUCCCUUCAGGUCUCUGUGUUAACUUUGGUGAUUGUUCCCCGAUUGAAGCAAGAUCUGCUCCAUGCAACUGGGGUGUGGGGUGUGUGGGUGUGGGGUGUUUGGGGGGGUUACAUCCUAAAGGAUUUUCAGGUCUCCACUCCAAGCACAAGGAUCCUAUGAGUUUAUAGCUUAGGUCUCCAGCCUGGGGAUGGUUCUACAUCUGCCCUCUUUGCUCUGGAGGUCGUUGGGGGCUGGGAGAAACAGACCCAGCCUGCUUCCUCCCCCUGACUGCGCCUGUUUGCCCUUCUCGGCAGAGGAGAACGCAGGGGUAUCCCUCCCCACUGGAAAGGCAGCGAAUUAUAAACCCCCUAUGUGGAAACCUUGAACCUGUGAAAUUCACUGCUGGGAGAUGGCCAUGGAGCCAAGAGCUUAGCAUGGAUGGCCAAGGGUCAGCCGUUCCUGGGGCUGAGAACAGUCCCAAUUACACGGGGUAGGGUACAAAGGAGGGGCACAGCACCCGGUAUCUCAGGCCGUGAGCCAACUCCAAGCUUCUGGGGUUAAGGGAAACUUCCAGGGGAUUGGGCUAGAUACCCCCUGAGGUCUCUUCCAACCCUCAUAUUCGAUGAUUCUAAGUGCUUCCAUCUUCUGAAGCAGCUGGUCCUGGUGACUGUUAGAGACAGGAGGAUACCAGGCUUGGGCAACCAGAGCGGAAACUAGUGUGGACACACUGUUGGGGUGAAAUCGUGGGCCGGUCAGAAGUCUGUUGUCACUGGCUUCAGUGGGGCCAGGCUUCUUUGGUCCCCUUGUUUAUGAUGGACCCCAAAAAGGGAUCCAUCUAGGAAACCAAACUUCUUCAGAGGGGAAGGGCCAGAAAAGAACCAAGGGAAUCUAACCCACGAUGUUCUUAUCUAUAAAUGUCUGACCCUGUAUCGAAUCUUGUGAAGCUCUUGCUCUCGAUGCUGUCUUGUGGCAAUGAGUUCCACCAGCCUCAGCGAUCAAAGGAAAUUCUCUUUCGCACAAUGCACCGGGUUACAUUUGCUGCCCUUCAUUUUCAGUGAACACUAUGUGUAAGCGAAUGCACAAGGGUUUUAUAGGAUGGGAGGAUGUUCAACAAAUGGGUGGUGAAUGAGGUGGGAAUUCACCCAUCAUCCAGGGACCAAAGAGUCCCCCGGCUCAGCAUUUGGAUAGACAGGCCCGAGGCCUAGUUAUAAACAGCUUUGUCCCCAUGGAGGCUGCAGUGGGGGAUAAAUGUUUGCAGACCCAGACUUUUAAGUGGACAGGGCAGGAUGGAGGCCGGUUGGUUGCAGGGAGUGUUUUUUCUGGAGAGGGACUGGAAAAGGGGAAUAUAAGAUGGAUUUAGUGGGUUGAACUGGCCUGGUUACUUUGCAAAGCUUCUCCUAUGUCCACACGUGUGUGUUUGCAUGCAGCCACGGAAUUGUGACACUGGCGUGUGCGUGAUACACAAUCCCUGGCAGAAGCGGCUGCCCCCUGGGUGGGGCCGGGGAUGCUGCAGCAGAAGGGCUAGGGCAUGUGCCCCGAGCCUUGUCCUGAAUAAUGAAGGGGCUCCUGGGUCUCUGUCUCGCUGCUGCAGUCUCAGACCUCCCCUUCAGCCAUCCUGUCUAGCCAAGCAAAGGUGCUGUUAAGGCCCAGAGGGGGAUGAACCAGCCGGGCUGGAUGGGAGUGGGGCAUUCUCGGCCUCUGCUCUGCGCUACAGGGAGGGCCACAUCUUGAGUGGCUCUGGGUUUGAGGAGGGGCCCAGCCCAGCCUCAGAUCGGAAGGCCCUAGAUAUGCUCCACUGCACAGUAGGGGCUGGAGAGGCAAUGCCAGCGGGUGAGGGGACAGGAUGUUUGGGGGCUUGGAGGUUCUUGUUAAUGUCAGAUGUUACCAACUGCUCACUUGGCUUAGCUGCCUCCCCUCUGGCAGACAAGUCAGGUGAGUGGAGGGCAGAGAGCCAGGACUCCUGGGUUCUAUUUCUGGCUUUACUGUUGAUUCCCUGUUGGGUUAGUCACUUCCCACUUCAGUACCUCAGUCUCCCACCCUCGCCCCCGAAAUCACGAUCCUACUGCCCAGUCUCCCAGGGACGUCAGGCGUUCCUGACUCCGUGUGAAGGGUUUUGGAGACGUAAAAGCCCUACACGCUGUAAGCACUAAGCGGGGAUGGGUCAGGAUGUGGGUUUCUCCAGGGGGUUCUGGUGACUCUACCUUGGCUCUCAGGGUUUAUAUUGUUACAACUCCCUUGAUUAAAAAUGCAGCUGCAUCGGGGAGGAAAACGUGGUCUAGUGGCUAGAGCACAGGACAUCAGGGUUCCAUUCCCAGCUCUUGCUGGCUGACCUUGGACAGGUUGCAGCACUGUGUGCUUCAGUUUCCCCAUCUGUGAAAUGGGGCGAAUACCUGCCUGACUGUGGUUAUGGGGCUUCCUGUUGUCUGUAAAGCCCCCGGAGGCUGGGCAGUGCCGCAGAAGCACAGCGUUAGAGAUGAUACGCUAGGUCGGGAUUUAUUCCGUCUGUUUUUCCCCCCCUCCCUUUCUCUUACCGUUGGAAAUAGAUCGCUACAAACGAUUCCAAACUGUGAGGCUUUAGCUGAGCCAGGCAGCACUGGAGGCAGUGGGUGUGGCGUAGGGCGCUCGGAGAUGGGCUGGGAGCAUGAAGCCUCUUGUAUUCAGUGUUCUGUGUUCGCUGUGGAUUGUAAAAAUGCCAAUAAAUCAACUCUUCGGUUUUA